CACAUUAUAAAUAUGCUCUCGUUUGACUACUGGUAUGUACAAUCCAACUAACGAUGUGUAGCACACAGUGGUUGAUGAAAAAGGCCUUUUCUUCAACCUUGCUAGGAUAUGUUUCGGGUUACAUAAUGGAAAAUGAGUCCCCAUAACUCUCUCUAUUCUCACUAAACUAACCAUCACAUGUUGACCGUUAUUUCGUUUACAUAAAAUCCUUCCAAUCAAAAAUUAUAAAUUCUAACUAAUCCAUAGUUCCCGAAGGUUUGGAAAACUAUUUGAUAUUAAUCAGUAUAAUUUUAAACUUUAAGUUUUCAAUAUACAAUGGAGACAGGACAAAAUCUACGCGUCAAGUGUAAACACUGUUCCAAAUCUUUCAAAAGUAAAGAUAUCCUUGCCACCCACCUCACUAUGCAUGAUACUAAUGCUCCAGUUAAGUGUCCGAUUUGCACAAAAUCUUUAAAAAAUUUUAGAAGCAGGAAGACACACAUCGCCAUAUAUCACAAAAAUAGAGUCCGACCAGUUUGCAAAAUUUGUCAAAAAACAUUUACCACUUCCACCGUUUUGCGACUUCACACUGCCCGCAAGCACAGUUCCACGGCACGACAGCGCUUCCCCUGCCCAUUUGAUGGAUGUGGUAGCACUUUCCUUAAUCAGCAAUCGAUCGAGGAACAUAUCAAAGUCGAACAUGUCGAGAAUCCCUACAGAUUUCCCUGCAUUUUAUGCGGGAAAGAAUUCAAACGAAAAGAAAACCUUCACACCCACAUUGCCACGCACACCAAAGAAAAGUCCUACCAGUGUUCCAGUUGUGGGAAGAGAUUGGCAAAAAAAGAUCACUUGAAAAAUCACGAGUUUGUUCACAUGGAGAAAUCCUUGCGCCCAGUGUUUAAGUGCAAUAUCUGUCCUCAGAUUUUCUUCACCAAAACUGGCCUGAACCACCACAUCCAGACUUUUCAUGAAAACCAGAAGAAUCAUCAAUGCACAAUUUGCAAGAGGAAAUUUGGCCUGGCGCGUCAUUUGAAGGUGCACUUGGAGGCGAUUCACCUACCAAUAGAUUCUCCCCUCCUUUCCUGUGAUACUAGUCUGUUUUAAGUGCCCGCUAGCGGGCACAAUUGCGGUGUGCGUUUUAGUCACACGUUUUGUGGUGAAACUCAAUAUGUGUGUCGAGGUCACUUAGAAUUUAAAAUCAAUUCCAUUAAGUGAAUGGCUACAAUAUAGUAAUGUCAAGUCAAAAUAAUGGCUACAAUAAUCGGAUACAAGGCUAAUGAUUCGUACACAUAACGUUCGGAAAUCGUUAUGUAAACGUUACGCAUCACUCAAGCGAACGUUACGCAUCACUCAAGAACGUUACGCAAACGUAAAAGGUUAAUGGUCCAGACGUCAUGGUAACGUUAUGGUAAAGUAUAAUAGGCGUGUCGUAGUCACACGACACGUGGUGUUAUUCAGGGGGUGUGCCCAGGUCACACGACACGUGGCGGUAUUCAGGGGGUGUGCCCAGGUCACACGACACGUGGUGUUAUUCAGGGGGUGUGCCCAGGUCACACGACA